UAAAGGGUUUAAUAUAGAGUCUCUCCUGGCGCCAACUUGCAUGGAGGCCUGAAUGACUGACAUGUUUUACUUGCUUUUACUUUGGCGUAAAAUUAUGACACAGAGAAAAUUAUAUUAUUAAAUAGAAAAAAAGUAUGAAAACUAAUUAAUAGAUUUUCAGGUAAGGACUCAGGUUCUCCGAAUUCUCAGGGAAGGACUUCCGGCCAAUUAUAAAUACCAUACUUGCCCAAUUGCAAAUGCAAACCCAACUCCAACUCCAACUCUCUAUUUCUCUGUUUUUUUCUUGUGUUUCUUUUAUUAUUUCUUGUCCGUUUCUCGAUCCAGGAUGACUAUUCUCAUUGAACAGCCUCACCAAAUUGGAAUAGAAGCAGAGGAAAAGAACGCCCUUAUAGAUGAGAAAGAACUGGCGUGGGAUGGCGAUUUUUUGGUGCCACAGACUAACUCUUUUGGGCACACCUUUAGGGACUAUGAGGUUGAAGGAGAGAGGCAGCCGGGUGUGGAGAACUUCUAUAGGAUUAAUCACCUCAACCAAACAUUUGAUUUUGUGAAGAAGAUGAGGCAAGAGUACAGCAAACUAAACAGGAUGGAAAUGAGCAUAUGGGAAUGCUGUGAGCUUCUGAAUGAUGUUGUGGAUGAGAGUGAUCCAGACUUGGAUGAGCCUCAAAUUGAACACUUGCUUCAAACUGCUGAAGCCAUUAGAAGGGACUAUCCCAAUGAGGAUUGGCUUCACUUAACUGGCCUUAUCCAUGAUCUUGGAAAGGUGCUUCUUCUUCCCAGCUUUGGAGGGCUUCCUCAGUGGGCUGUUGUAGGCGACACAUACCCCGUUGGUUGUGCUUUUAAUGACUCAAUUGUUCACCACAAGUAUUUCAAAGAAAAUCCAGAUUACUACAAUCCUGCUUAUAACACCAAGUAUGGAGUUUAUUCAAAGAGAUGUGGACUAGAAAAUGUGCUGAUGUCAUGGGGUCAUGAUGACUACAUGUACUUGGUUGCCAAAGAGAAUCAUAGCACUCUACCUUCUGCUGCUCUUUUUAUCAUCAGAUACCACUCAUUUUAUGCAUUACACAGUUCAGGGGAAUACAGACACUUAAUGAAUGAAGAGGAUUUUGAAAACUUGAAGUGGCUACACGUAUUCAACAAGUAUGAUCUAUACAGCAAGAGUAAAGUUCGGGUUGAUGUGGAGAAAGUGAAACCAUAUUAUCUCUCCCUCAUCAAAAAGUACUUCCCUGCUAAGCUAAAGUGGUGAGAACUUAGAAGUGUAGCAGUUUUUGGUCCAAGAUAUAAUGCUUGCACAUCCAGUUCAUACAUCUUUGAUGAGUACCUACCUGUUUGGCUUUAGCAAUUGUGUUUAGAGUAUAUGAUCUUUGAGAGUUGGUGUUGUAGUUUGCCCAUUUGUGUUGUUUAGCUACAAGGUUCUCAUGUAAUUCUAGUAAGUUAACUAGUGAUGCUUGUAAAAUAUCGAUUGUUUAAUAAAAGCAUUAUGCUCUGUUUCUAUGGUUUUGAAAUAAUAA